AUGUCAUUUACCCUGCCGGCAAUCUCGGGGACCAAGGCGUCGGGUCAUGGCAAUGUCCCCGGCGGCCUCAAGGGACUCAAGUCCUGGGGCAUUUCAAGGGAGACAAAAGGCGAGUCGGUCCUGGACCGGACCAAGGCUCGGACCAAGGAACUCGAGGUGCAGCUUCAUUCCAAGCCGAAUCGGGUCAAUUUGCUGAAGGACAACGCCUCGUAUCGAGCCGAGAAGGAGCUGAAUCUCCAGCAUUUUCGCGAGCUCAUGAACAUCUUCCGGGCGUCCGAAAAGGAUGGCAAGGGCUGUCUCUCGAUCGAUGAAUUCAAAGAGGCCUUUGGGAUGAUCCUCGGUCAGGGACUGAACGAAGAGCAGAUGUCGCAUCUAUUUAUGAAAAUCGACGCCAACAUCGAUGAUUCUGUCGACUGGGACGAGUUCAGCACAUUCAUGCUGCUUCAGGCCGAGGGACACAACAAAAUGAAGGAGGAGGCCGAAACACAGCUCUUUGACACCGAAGUGAGGCGAUCGGCGCUCCUGACUCCCCACAAGGAUGCCAUCGUGAGAAUCCUAUUUCUCAAAAAGUCGAGUCGAUAUGUUACUUGCAGCCGGGAGGGGACAAUCUGCCACUGGGGCGACCGGCUCAAGCUACAGCGCAGCUUUUCGAAUGUUGGGUUUGUACCCAUUGAGGGACUGGAAGAGUCAUCGAUGAAAUCGGCACAAAAGGCGAAGAAGGGCAACAAGAUCCCUCGCAACACCGAGGUCCGCUGGACCCACGACUGCACGUACAUGGACAAUCUCAACAAGAUCGCGCUCGCAUCCGACGACCACCAUGUGACAAUCUACGAUUUCAUGACAAUGGAGACCCAGCUCCGCCUGGAUCUGCAAGAUACCGUGGCCCUUUCUCUCGACUACUGGUCCGACAGUGACAAUCCAGAUGCGAGCGAUGGGACCAUGUAUAUCGGCACAGACAGUGGAUAUGUACUGGUCUUCACCUUCAACAUCAACCUGAUCGACCAGUAUGCCACCCAAAAGCAUCAGGGGAAAACCGUCCUGCUGGACUCUCUCGGCAAGAACAACAAAUUUUCGUGUAUUCUGACCAAGCGAAAGGCCCACAACGACUGGACGGUCAUGGUGCGUUACUACCACGACAUUCAUCUGAUUGUGAGCUGCUCGCCGGACCCAACCCACUCGCUCGUGGUGGCAACGCAGGUCUCCAAGAAGAAGUGGAUCUACCAUUCUGCACCUGUCCACAAAGGCGUCAAUACCUUUGCAUAUUCCAAAUUCCCCCUGACUCUCGUUACCGGCGGAACAGGCAAGCAUCUUUCAUCGAAGCGAGCGCCGGAGAUGAAGAGGAUAGGAGACAAACUGAGACUAUGGAACCCUCAUCGCCUCAAGAAUCCCAUGGCCGCACUGAAAGGCCAUAACGCACCCAUCAUCUCCAUCACCAUCAACGAGCUCAGCGGGCAGAUCAUAUCGCUUGACUUUGACAAAGUUGUCAAGAUAUGGGACAUCCGAAAGCAGCAGUGCCUCCAAACGCUCUUUGACAGCGUGCUUCACCGGCCAGAAGAUACCAUCGCCACCGUAUUCUUCAAUUCCAGCGGCGGAGGCUGUCUUAUCGCCGCCAGCGCGAUCAUGUCUGUGUACAAUCUCAAGGAGAGGCGGACGGCGGUCACAUCGCCCAAGAGCCACGACCAUCCUAUCCGAGGUGUCAUAUACAGUGCCAACUACAAGCAGGUGGUCAGCGGAUGUGACGGGGGAAUCGUCAAUGUCUGGGACAUCACAACCGGCGCAAACGUAUUUCGGUUCUCGGCAACAAGUGGCAAGGCCGAGAUCACUGCCAUGUCGUUCGACAGCAAUGGACGUCGCUUGAUUACAGGCGCGCGAGAUGGAACGAUUCGAAUGUGGAACUAUAACAAUGGGCAGCGGCUGCAUGAGUUCAUGAAAUUAGAUGGCGGUGAAAUUGCAGCAAUAACGUAUAUACACCUCAACGAGCGUCCGAUGAUUGCCGCCACGGGAUGGAACAGACGUGUGUCACUGUUUGUCGACGAUUUCGAGAGCUACACGCUUCACGAAAGCGAAACGUUUCCAGAUCGACAACAGCAAGCAUGGCACAAAGAUGAUAUCGUUUCCAUGGAGUUUUCGCCACCAAAUCUGCUGGCGACGGCCAGCUACGACGGAGAAAUCAUUCUGUUCAACGUCCAGUCGGGGCAUGUGCUGCACAGACUACGAGUUCCCGAUCCGUGGGACGCUGAAACCAAACCAAACACCAACAGGUCGAUUGACAAGGUUUUGUUUCUCUUGGAGCGCAGACAUUGUCACGGUGCCGCGGAGCUGGUCACCUGCGGCUCGGACGGCAUGAUUCGUUUCUGGAGUAUCGAGGAGGGACAGAUGAUCUGGGCGUGUCCAGGCACCUCUGAGCCGAGUGAAGGCAUCUUCACCAUGUCGGUAAACUCGUCGAAUACGAUCUUGAUUACGGCCGACACAGUUGGUUGCGUUAGCGUCUGGGACAUUGCCGACACAUGCGUGGAUCACCGUCUCGAUCACAGCAUGCCGCUGCGACACCGGUUCCGCGCACACGCCCGCUCGAUCGUGAGCCUGGAUUUUGUCGAGGAGUUCCAGGUGGUGUUGACCGGGAGUCCCGAUUGCACCGCCCGACUCUUUACGAUCCAAGGUGAAUGGAUUGGAACCUUUGGACAGUUUUCGCCCUGGGACAUCAAUGACUUCCAGACCUUUCAGCAUCCGGCCCGGCCGGCGGAUGUGGUGGCGGUCGAGGAAGAAAUGGCCUACCGCGCUUUGCAGGUAUCGCUUCCACCGAUUCCGUCUCUUGAUGUUCCAAGCACCUAUCCUCGAAGCCCGGAUGGCAGCAAAGACUCUCUUUCCAACCUCCUUGCAUCGAGGCAGGGGUCAGGUGAGCAGUGUUGGUGGUUCAGUCAGAGUACUGUCCAGGAUGAUAAUCGUUCGCAGCGAUCGAGCCAAAUAGCCUCAUGUCAGCGCGCAUCUGACAGCACCAGCGCUUGGAAUGCCUGA